GGCGCGUGCGCGAAGGGGCGGGGAUAAGCACUUGGCGGGGCCAACCAACAGCGAGGAAUCGAGGCGGCGCCCAAUCAGGGCCCAGGCGGCGGCGACCGGAGUAGGCUGCGGGCGGGCAGCGUGUGUGGCGGACGCCGAACACCCGGGGCCGAACACCCGGGACCGAACCGCCCGCCUCGCUGCUUCCUGCGCGCUUCGGUCCACGCCGCGGUCCACACGCAGGAGGCUGGUGCCCGCCGCCCUCCAGGCUCGCAGCCCGGGCCCGGGAGCGUCUCUUGCAGCGGGCCUAGGCUACCUCCUCAAAGGGGACACCUCCCAGGCGGUUGCGGCGGAGAGACAUGGCGGGGUCGGCGCCGGCCAACUAGGAGUCGCUGGAGGCCGCGGCGCCUUCCCAGGGUCGUUCCUACGCCCUGGGCGCGCGGCGGGCGACAUGUUCCAGCGGAGGCUGGCGGGCGCAGUGGCGGCGGCGGCGGCGCGCGCGGGGCUGCGGGGCGGGGGCCUACUGGCCCUGCUGGCCAAUCAGUGCCGCUUCGUCACGGGCCUGCGCGUGCGGCGAGCGCAGCAGAUCGCGCAGCUCUACGGCCGCCUCUACUCGGACAACGCGCGCCGCGUCCUCCUCGGCCGCCUGUGGCGCCGGCUGCGCGGCCGCGCGGGCCAUGCCUCGGGCGUGAUGGCGGCGCUCGCCGGCGUCUUCGUGUGGGACGAGGAGCGAAUCCAGGAGGAGGAGCUACAGAGGUCCAUUGAUGAGAUGAAACGGUUGGAGGAAAUGUCAACUGUGUUUCAGAGCUCUGGAGUUGAACGCCACCCUCCAGAACCAAAAUCGCAAACAGAAGGGAAUGAAGAUUCAGGGGGCAAAGAGCAGCCGUGGGAAAUGGUGAUGGAUAAGAAACACUUUAAGCUGUGGCGGCGCCCCAUCGCUGGCACUCACCUUUACCAGUAUAGAGUCUUUGGAACCUACACAGACGUGACACCUCGGCAGUUCUUCAAUGUUCAGCUGGACACGGAGUAUAGAAAAAAGUGGGAUGCCUUAGUCAUCAAGCUGGAAGUGAUCGAGAGGGACGUGGUCAGUGGUUCCGAGGUCCUUCACUGGGUAACCCAUUUUCCUUAUCCGAUGUACUCACGGGAUUAUGUAUAUGUCCGGCGGUACAGCGUGGAUCAGGAAAACAAUGUGAUGGUGUUGGUGUCGCGAGCUGUGGAGCACCCCAGUGUGCCAGAGUCCCCGGAGUUCGUGCGGGUCCGGUCCUAUGAGUCCCAAAUGGUUAUCCGUCCCCACAAGUCAUUCGACGAGAAUGGCUUUGACUACUUGUUGACAUACAGUGACAAUCCCCAGACCGUGUUCCCUCGCUACUGUGUUAGUUGGAUGGUUUCCAGCGGCAUGCCAGAUUUCCUGGAGAAGCUGCACACGGCCACUCUGAAAGCCAAAAACAUGGAGAUCAAAGUCAAGGACUACAUCUCAUCUAAGCCGCUGGAGAUGGGCAGUGAAGCCAAGGCCACCAGCCCGUCUCCUGAGCGGAAGGGCGAGGGCAGCCGCAGCCCUCCUCGGAUCGAGUAUGCGUGAAGGCUUUGGGGUGAGAAGGGACAGGCUGCUCCUAGCCUUGCCCCGGUCCCUCACCCUCUGCCACAGAACGGGAACACGUAUUACAAGGUGUCUGCUGUAACCACCAGUGCAAGAUAAUUCAGUAACUGCUGUCUGGUUUCAUUCAGAGCCUUUGUUGCUCUUUAUCAAAACAGAAGGAGGAGGCUUCUGUGGGGCGUUGUCACAUUCUCAGGCCAGGCAUUUUGCAAUUCAGUAUUUCACUGAGCGAAUCUGGAACAAAGCUGACCUCAGGCCAGAAGGAGACAGCUUGUUUUGCUUCCCUGAGUAGUUCCUCUGCCCACAUUCCAGUUCCCACCAUUGGAUCUGAGCACUGGGACUCCUCCACCUCCAGGUUGGACUGGGAAGGGCAGUCACCAGUUGAUGGUUUGGUGAGGGGUCUUUGGGAGUGCUCUUGGCACAGUCCUAGUGUUGCAUGGAUGUGAACUGCUGUGUGGCCAUGUAAGUGCCUUGUCCUCACCUUGCUCCUGCCUUUAGGAACAUAAAGUCUGCACCAAGAAAUUUCUCUCUUCGCCUCUCAGAUAUCACCCCUUCGACUGUCCACGGCCGCUCUUGUUGGUGGGCCUGUCCUUUGUCAGGCUGGGCAUCUCCGUCCUCGGCUGUUUACCAAGAGCCCUGGGAAGCGAAUCCUUUUAGAGAGUAGUGUUCUCUGUCAUCAGUGUUUUGAUAGGGUCAGUGGAGAUGCUCAAAACAUCACACCAUUUUUUUUUUUUUUAAUCUUCAUGUCAAAAAGUAGGAAUUGGGGAGUUAAAUAGAAUUUCUGCACAGUCCGCUGUCCAGAAAACCCCACUUUGAUUCAGGCAUUUUCUACACAGGUUUGACUGGAUGCUGAGGACCCAUCCUCCUGGAAUGGCUAAAGGCAGAGGAGGUGCAUUUCGCUCCCCAACACUGGUCUAAUGGGAUGUGGUUUACAUGGCCCUCUUGUUCUUCUGGAAGUUCCUUCUCUUCAGAUAUAAAAUAAAAGCGAACUACGUUGUUCAGACGAAGUCACAAUCUGAUGGUGUCACUUUGGCCUCGCUGAUUCGGCUUUUGGUCAUGCUGCCAUCUGACAGGAGACCGAGAUCAAGUUUUAAAUCCUCUUGCCUCCCUUUUUUUCCUUGAAUGACUAGAUUUUCCUUUUUUUUUUUUCCUACUUGGAUCUAACCCUGAGACUAACAUAAGCCACUUGACUUUUUUAUUGCCUGUGAAGUUUUGUGCCAAGGAAAUGACCAGUGUUUCUUGUCCUGUCUUCUCUGAGUCGUUGGCAGGGUACAGGUGCGUCCAGCAACCCCAGCUUCUUCCUUUGGUCGUUUCUCUUCUGAGGACCUGACAAGCCAGCGGGGAGGCCCUGGGUUACAUCUGAGCUGAGGGCCUGUGACCGUUGGGUAUGGGUGAGAGGGCGUGUGAGUGCACAGGUGCCACCGAGGCUUGUUGCUGCUCAUGUUCUGAUUUGGGGGAAUUGACUGUGCUCUUGGGGUCUGUCUGUAUAGUUACUGAUAUCAUCAUAAUGAUUUCACUUCUAACUGUGACAUUUUUAUCAAACGUGUGAAUAAAUACAUAUUGGUACAAAA